CUCCAACUUCAUCAUCCAAAACAUUGCAUACAAGCCUUUUCAAAGCAAACACAGCUCACUCUUGUAAACACUUCCUGAUCUCUCUAUUCUUAACACCAAUCCAAACAAAUACUCAUCAUGGCUCCUCAUGAUAUCACCACCGCCGCUACCACCACCAUCCUCUCCACCAAGGCCGCCACUGCCCCGAGCCGGGCCUAUGUGACGUUCUUGGCCGGGAACGGUGACUACGUCAAAGGUGUGGUUGGUCUGGCCAAGGGUUUAAGGAAGGUGAAGAGUAAGUACCCACUAGUUGUGGCCAUCUUGCCCGAUGUGCCUGAAGAGCAUCGUCAGAUCCUAGUCUCUCAGGGCUGCAUAGUCCGAGAGAUUGAGCCUGUUCACCCUCCUGAGAACCAGACCCAGUACGCCAUGGCGUACUACGUCAUCAACUACUCCAAGCUUCGAAUUUGGGAGUUUGUGGAGUAUAGCAAGAUGAUCUACUUGGAUGGAGAUAUCCAAGUCUUUCAGAACAUUGACCACCUAUUUGACUACCCGGACAACUACUUUUACGCUGUGAUGGAUUGCUUUUGUGAGUCGAAUUGGAGGGACAGUCCCCAGUUCAAGAUUGGGUACUGCCAGCAGUGCCCAGACAGGGUACAGUGGGACAACAGCUUGGGUCCCAAGCCUCCUCUAUACUUCAAUGCUGGCAUGUUUGUCUAUGAGCCAAACUUGUCUACUUACCAUGAUCUCUUGAGCACCCUCAAGACUUCUACUCCGACUUUGUUUGCUGAGCAGGAUUUCUUGAAUGUGUUCUUUAGAGACAAGUACGUGCCUAUCCCUUCAAACUACAACCUUGUGUUGGCUAUGCUCUGGCGCCACCCUGAAAACAUCAAGCUAGAGGAGGUUAAAGUUGUCCACUAUUGUGCUAAUGGUUCUAAGCCAUGGAGGUACAAUGGAGAAGGGGAGAAUAUGGAGCGAGAAGACAUCAAGAUGUUGGUGAAGAAAUGGUGGGACAUUUAUGAUGACGAGUCUUUGGACUACAAGAAUUGCAUUGGUGCUGCAGAGUCUGGAAAUGGCACCGAACAAGUGAACCUGCAGCCAUUUAUGGCAGCCCUGUCGGAGGCUGGCGAUGUUCGUUUUGUUACCGCCCCAAGAGCUGCCUAGUGUCUGUUGGUUCUUGGUGGGAUUUAACCCUAUACAUAAGAAGUAUAUAGGGCUAAUCUUAAAAAUUGAUUAUAUUUAGUAUUUUUGGUUUGGUCUUCCCAUAAUUAUUAACUCGGGAGGCCUUUUUCAAGUUCUAGUUUAGGAGUUUCGAGAUCCCCUGUUUUUUAUGUUGGGGUUGAUUUUAUUUGUUAUGUUCCGAACAAUGUUUGAAAUAUAAUUCCAAUUUUCAUA